AUGUCGCGACCAAACUCUGCUCCGGGGUCUCCGGGGUCCGACGUGUCCCUAGGGAUUACGCAGGAGGGCCAAGAGGAAGGAGAGCAGCGCGAGAAGCCAAGCUUUGGUACAGUUUUGAGGACGCUUUCGUCAACGAGACCGACCACGCCCAACAAGUUUCGUCCAGGUACUCGUCGAAUCGAUACGAAAUCCGAGCCUACCAUCUCAAGCAGUCAACGCCUCGACAUAAAUACCAAUCCCUGGAGGACCUGGCCAGAGCUCACGCUCAAGAUUCACAGACUGCCUUCCGCUGCCACGCUGGCGGACCUGCACAAAUCAUUCUCACGACAUGGCAACAUCACCAUGCUAGAGAUCGGCGAGAACAAGGACGGCUAUCGCAAUGGCUUCGCAAAGGUUCGCUUCGAGCCGCCGCCCGAAACGAAUUUCUGGUCUUCCAUCAACUACAACAUUAAGUUCGGUGCUGGACAAAGGGCGCGAGUCACUCUCGCUCUUUUCGUGCCGAAGCUCAAGUUCGACGACCUGACACCGAGUCCUGCCAACCCAAAGGUUCAACUGAAAACGAGAACGGUCUUGAAAGUGCAGCAGAUGGACUUUGGUUCGCUUCUCCAGGAAACUGACAUGAUGGUCCACAAGUCUGUCAAAGACAAUGUCAAAAUUGAUGUGGAUCUUGGAAGAAAGCAGCUCACCGUUACGUUUGACAUUCCGAAGAGAGCUCAUCAGAAUGUCGAAGCAGUCGUCCGUGGAGUUGGUGCUGAAGACGUGGAGGACGACAAUUUCCAUCGCUACCGCUGCAACAUCGCCUUUGCUCGCUUAACAAAACUCUUUCGGACCAAGACUGAAGAGGGUGCUACUGCCUUGGUCAUUCCUCUCGAGCUUCCUCCUAUUUUCAGAACAAAAAGAGACGACAAGAGUCUUGCCGCAAUGGCAGAAGGAAGGCUGUUUUGGGGCACGUUGGAUAUGUGGGAGCGUCGGACGAUCAUUUUGAAAGACAAUCGCCUGCCUUCGAACUUCCCUGUCACCUUGCAGACAGACUUUGACGACCCGGGCUACAUCAACAUUGGUCGAUGGACAACUUUGAGAUUCAUUGUCGGCGAUGAAGAUAACUCCUUGGACGAGGCCCUGGAGGCUCUUCAUGCAUACAACAUCGAGGCAACUUUGAGCGACUUCAAGUUCACUCCGCAUAGGCCGGCUCUGCUCGCCACCCUACACAGAGCUUCAAAGACCCAGGGGAAGGAAGAAGGCACCUUCACCGGUCUGUCUCUGCAGUCUCUUGCAUCCUCAUUGGAGUCACCGCCAGCCUUGGACUUCCAAGUCCACUAUCAGUUGGAGGUUUGCAUUUCUCGAGGCAUCAUCUGUGAAUACGCCAUCACCCGAGAGUUCCUGGAGCGAUUAGCAGCUGUCAACAAGGACCGUGCGAAAUGGACUCUCGAAUAUUUUGCAGAUCGAGAGAAGAGAGUAUGGGAUUUGAACGAAAUCUUUGAGGAUGAGGAGGCGAAUCUUCACUUCCCCAACCCCUUGAUGCCUCGCUACUGCACCACAAUCCGGAAGGUUGUCGUGACUCCCACAACAGUAUACUACAGCUCUCCUGGCGUCGAGUCUUCCAACAGAGUUCUCCGAAAGUUCAGCGAAGAUCAAGACCGAUUCCUCCGAGUACAGUUCACUGACGAACUUUACUACGGCAAGAUCUACAGCGACUCGGGCGAAGAGCUUUUCAGCAGGGUCUACCGUACUUUGGCCAAGGGCAUCACCAUUGGAAGUCGACACUACGAAUUUUUGGCAUUCGGAAAUUCUCAAAUUAGAGAAUGCGCGGUCUAUUUCUUUUGCCCAACGGACCAUAGAUCCUGCGAUUAUAUUCGGGACUGGAUGGGUGACUUCGGUCACAUCAAGAAUGUUGCGAAAUACGCUGCACGGAUCGGGCAGUGCUUCUCUACCACGCGCGAGAUCCCAGGGACCACCGUUGCCAAUAUUGUUCCCAUUGAAGACAUCGAACGCAACGGCUUCUGUUUCAGCGACGGUGUCGGCAAAAUUUCGCAGCUGCUGGCACAUAUCGUCGUCCAAGAGAUGAGCAGCGAUGACGCCUGCAUCAGCGUCCCUUCCGCAUUUCAAUUCCGAAUGGGCGGUUGCAAAGGCAUGCUGGCAGUCUGGCCCGAUGCCAAAAGGCAGGAGGUUCACAUUCGGCCAUCUCAAGAGAAGUUCAAGGCAAGAUUCAAUGGCCUUGAGAUUAUCAAGUACGCACAGCAUUCGAUUGCGACCUUGAAUCGCCAGACAAUCACUGUUUUGACAUCCCUCGGUGUUCGAGAAGAGACCAUCCUGAAGCUUGCGGAACGGCAGAUCAAGAACUACCAGAAAGCAAUGAACGAUCGAGUUGCGGCCGCUAGCCUCUUGGGUCAGUACAUCGACGAGAACUUGACAUCAUUAACGAUCAAAGAUCUCGUUGGCUGGGGCUUCAUGGACCCAGAGAUUCAGGAGCCAUUUGUGCUGACAAUCCUGGAUCUUUGGAGAAUCUGGUCCAUGAAGCUGCUCAAGGAAAAGGCCCGUGUCAUUGUGGAGGAGAGUGCUUUCCUUCUAGGCUGCUUGGAUGAGACAGGUACUCUGCGAGGUUACUCGACCGCCACCGAAGGGAAGAAGACCAACAACAUCGAGGAUCUACCUCAGGUUUUCUUGCAGGUCGAAAGCCCUAGCGGCAGUGGAAAGUUCACAUGUGUCACGGGGCUUUGUAUCGUUGGACGCAACCCAUCACUUCAUCCAGGCGAUCUUAGGGUGGUGGAGGCAGUUGACGUCCCCCAGCUGCACCACCUGAGAAAUGUCGUGGCUUUCCCAAGAAACGGCGACCGCGAUGUUCCGAGCAUGAUGUCAGGAGGUGAUCUGGAUGGCGAUGACUUCUUUGUGAUGUGGAACCAAGACCUCAUUCCAAAAGAUUGGCACCAACCGCCGAUGAACUAUACCCAGCCUACACCGGCGGUACUUCGUCGAGAUGUUCAAGUCAAGGAUCUCAGAACAUUCUUUGUUCGUUACAUGCAGAACGACAGCCUCGCCUUGAUUGCUACUGCACACUUGGCCCACGCUGACAAGUCUUUGCUUGGCGUCAAGGAUCAGAAAUGUCUUCAGCUCGCAGCUCUACACUCCAAGGCUGUCGACUACGUCAAGACUGGUGACCCUGCAAAGCUCCCUCCCGCACUGAAUCCAAAGGAACGCCCUCAUUUCCUGGGCAGCAGAGGCCAAACCUACCACUCAUCGACCGCUCUCGGUAAAUUGUACGACAUGAUCCAAGACGUGGGUUUCAACCCCCUCUACGAGAAGAGAUUCGACAACAGAGUUCUGAACCGCUUCCAUCUUACUGAAGACUUGCUCUCCAAGGCGCGAGCGGUCAAGGUCCAGUAUGAUAUGGCAAUGCGGCGUCUCAUGGGUCAGCGCGACAUUGAUACCGAGUUCGAGAUUUGGACCGGGUUCGCCUUGUCCAAGCCGCGCGUCGGCAGUGACUACAAGCAGCAGGAAGAGAUAGGCAGAGAAUCCUCACUACUGAAGCAUCGUUUCCGCGAAAUUUGCUAUCAGGAGGCUGGCGGUAGUCGGGUGUUCGACAACAUCGGCCCAUUCGUGGCGGCCAUGUAUAAAGUGACCCAGGACGAGGUCAAUGCAGCACUGGCAGGGGAGUACGAAGACGAGGAGCACAAGCGUCAGUCGAUGCCCCUGAUCAGCUUCCCCUGGAUCUUCCAUUGGAUCAUGGGCCGUAUUGCCACGGGCAAAGUCAAGACCACACCCACCAUCAACCCAGAAGCACCACCGAUUACGAAGAAGACCUACCACACUCCCCACGGGAACGUUGAGGCGGAGCCAGCGACGCAAAUUGAGGACGGAAGAGAGGUCCACCGGGGUGAGAUGCUCAGGUUGUUUGACAACAGCCCCACGGACAGGAACAGCGACGAGGUCUCAGUGUCAUCCAAGGCCGAAAACGCCACCAGUGGGGAAGAAGUACAUGUCGAGGAUGAAGACAACCCCAUGGAUCGUAUGGCCGCACUGAUGAGCGGCGCCAGAGGCUGA